AUGACGUCUUAUAAGUACUGGGUGGACCUGAAGGCCAAAAUAAAACGUAAAAAUAAAACAAUUCGAGAGAGCAUCAGCAGGACAGGAGGGGACCCGCCAAGUGGGGAAGAGCUAACAGAAAUUGACAUAAAAUUUUUAAGUAUCCUUGGUGAGGAAUAUGGCAUGGGUUUACCAGCGGUGCAGGUGAACCCAUUGCAGGAUGAUAUGAGACCUGAAGCUGGUCCCUCUGGCAUUCGAGGUAUUGAAGUCGAAUCCAUUACAGAAGAAUGGUUAGAAGUUCCUUCUAGUGUAUCUCAAACUGUUAGUUCUAUCGAGGCAGAUUCUCUACCUGCAGCUGUAGAAAUUACUACUGCAUCAUCAGAUCCUUCACAAAGCCAUGCAGCAGCUGUCUCUGAUGAGGCUGUCGGCGUCGAAGUACCUAGUGUGGUACAGGCUGAAGCCCCGCCACAACCUAGGCGACGGCGCCGACGUGCUCAUUUAACAGCCGCAGAAGCAAAGGUGCAAAUAGUUGAAGCUGCACGACAGAGGGCUGCUACUGAAGCUGCAAGUAGUUUAAUACUUCAAGAAGCUAUUUGUCUCUUCCGUGAAUUAGUGGCUAUAAUUAGAAGAAGGUACGGCAAAGAGCCCAGAGACGUGCCACAAGAUCCCGCCGUGUAGAUAUACCACGUUGAAGCUCAAUGUUGUGUUGCUCAGCUGGUUCAUGAAGAGCUUCCACUGGUGGUUGUUGUGCAACUUCCCUUGCUUGCUCUUCUUCUGUCAACCUUACUUCAGGCAAGUUGUUUUCAUUACAAAUAUUGUGCAAUAUUACACAAGUAUUUGUAAUGAAGCCAGCAACCUGUGGUUGAUAAUGCAACACCCUGUGGCACAAGAGACACCGGAAACGUGCUUUGAGAAGACCUAUAGUUCUUUCUAUAACAUUCCUAGCCUUUACAUGCUUUUGUGUAUAAUAUGCUUCCGGUGUGUCUGGUUCUGCAUCCAAAAUAGGUGUCAUCAUCGUUCUUCAUUGUGAGUACCCAAGUUACCUGGAAAUAAACAUAUUACUCUGUUAUUUUUUUAUUUUAUUUGAACAUUCAUAUUCAUAUUUUAUAUAAAAAUGAUACUUUUUUAUUUUAAAAUUGUAUACAAAUAUUUUU